AUGUUCCUCGCCCUCUGCAGGCCGUCACUGGGAACGGGAUGGACAAUCACUUACUGGGACUGCGGGAAAUGGCCAGGCAGAUGGAGAUGCAGACGCCGGACAUAUUCUCUGAUGAAACAUACAAGAUCAGCAACCAUUUCAUCCUGUCCACCAGUCAGGUCCCCACUGAGAUGGAGAUGUUCUGCUGCUAUGGUCCAGUGGUUCCAGACGGUUACGGUGUUUGUUAUAAUCCUCAGUCGGAUCACAUCGUGUUCUCAGUGUCCAGUUUCAGAGAGAAUAAAGAAACCUGUUCAGAUCGGCUGGCAGAAGAGCUGCAGGUCGCACUACUGGACAUGAAGGACCUGUGCAUGAAACACAUGAAACACUAAUCUGUGUAACACCACACUGACCACAGUAACACUACAGUAACACCACACUGA